GACAUGGAGAGCAAGGAAUGAAGUGAAAAGGUCACAAACUGAAAAUGACAGAUUUGGAAAGAGACAAUUAUAAAAUAAUGGGUAGAAAAUGGAAAGAAGUUUUGAAUUCCCCUGUUUUCAUUACCUGUCCCAAUCCUCUGCUUCCAUGUUGCCACAAUGUCAAUGUAAGUGGUUCCUAUUCAAAAAUAAUCCUUUGCUUCCAUGUGCCCACUGUAAUGCAUCAUGCCUCUCAAUAUCUUUUUUUGAAAUAUUCUUAACAAAUAUGUAUUUAGUUUUUUGGAUGUUAGAAUUUCUCAGCUUAUAGUUGAAUGUGCAUCAUGAAGGUUUCAUUUUUUUUUUGUUGCACAGUGGGCACCAUGUCAUACCAUCAUUGCAAUGCCAUUGCUUAUUGCUUUUGAACUGCUCUGUAUAUAUCUUGAGAGCAUCUAUGGUAGGGAAUUAACACCCUAUCACUGUUAUUCAAUAUUGUUUUGGUGCGUUGAAUCUUUGAAUCUUUGAUGCAUUACAAUAUAGUGCUUUUAUUUUGUAUGAGCUAAUUAUUUUGUUUUCCAUCAUUGCAUAUGAGUGAUACUUGGGUGCCUAACUCUGGCAAGUUGGUCCAGACUCCAGAGUUCAACUUCUUUUUCACCUUGUCCUAAUAAUUUUUAUUUGUAAGCUUUAUGCUUGUUUGUGACUAAAACAUGAAUUCCUCUUAUAAGAACUCUGUCUUUUUUGAAUAGUAAAUUAUGUUAUUUUGUACAGUCAAUGGUUUUGCAGCUGUAAACUUGAAGAUUGUCUUCCUUCCUUUGCUGGCAUUUGAAAUAACCAUCCUAGUGGACAAUUUUAGAAUGUGUAAGGCUCUAUUGCCUAGAGAUGAUGAAAGCAUGAGUGGUGAAGCAAUAUGGGAGACACUUCCUACAAGAAAUGCAACAGGGUUAGUUGCUUCAGCUAUUGUUGCGCGUUUAGGUGUCUCAACACAUACAUUUGGCACCUUCGUCCUUGUGAUAGGAGCAAGUGGGUUUGCUACAGCUACAGCUGCAACUGCUAUAGGAACUGUUGUCGUUAGUUUUAGAUAAUCUCUUAAUAGUUAAUAUGUUUAGAAAGUUAGAUAUGUAUAGUUUUGGAUGGUUUAAAUUUUUUGUACAGUUUAGAACUUAAGGAUAUAGUUUUCG